CAUUCCACGAGGUAAUACGUAAUCCCAUCUUAUCGGUAUUUCUAGGAAUCUAAAUUCCGAGGAUAAUGCCCAUUCAUCCACUUUUUGGCUUUCUUUCUGCAGUUCCUCACCAUCGUCGGGUUCCUGUCCAGAGAUGCAGAGUUGUAAGAAAUAAAAUGAAAUUGUAAGUUUUGGAGAAGCGGAAGUGGAUUCACCGGGGAAGAAAGUGAUAACUGAUAUAAAUGCCCCUGUCGUUCUUUCCAGCCAUCUAACUAAGUUUUAUGAAACCUUUCCCCAUCAAUAUGCAUUGAGUAGUAUUAAGGCGCCUGCAUAUUUGUAUAGUAUUUCCAUGGGCAGGCACAAUAAACCUUAUCGAACAAGCAUUCAACAAGCAAGCAAGCAGUCGCGACGUUCAAAGCCGCGGAUGCGUCACGGUGCUACACCAAAGUAACCCGAGAUCCCGUGACUUGCGUCAUUCAUUCUAGCCCCCAGCUCAUAACCCCACUAUUUUAUCGACCCGCUUACUCAGACCAAUAGACAUAACCAUAUCCCCGUGGAUUUACCGAGGGAGUUAGCUCUAGCUUGGGGCAAACCAAUCAAACCUGACCUCAUUCGACAAUUGAAUCAGACCACUCUCUCAUCAAUAUCGACGAUACCUAAACCCUGAACAGAACAAUCUCCCCUCUUCAACAAACCACGAAGUCGAACGUACCGAACGAAACAAAUAAAAUAUGCUCCCGCAACGUCAGAUCCUUCGCGCGACGCCGCGAUUGACGGCUCAACUGCGUGCCGCUAACACCCCCGUCUUCCGUUCGGCCCUGCAGCGACGCUUCGCUUCCGAGAACGCUUUCGUCAAGGAGCGACAGGCUGUUAAGGAGCAUGCUGCUGCUACUACUGAACUCUGGCGCAAGAUUUCCAUCUACGCCGUCAUCCCAGCCCUAAUCCUCGCCGGUGUCAACGCCUACAACCUAUGGAACGAGCAUUGGGAGCACUGGUCCCACAUGCCCCCUCUAGAGGAGCGCGUCGAGUACCCCUACCAGAACAUCCGCACCAAGAACUACCCCUGGGGCAACGGUGACAAGACCCUAUUCUGGAACGACAAGGUCAACUACCACAACCGAGACAAGACCACUUAAGCCCAUCUUCCUAUAUCAGCGCACAUUUCGAAACCAUGGGAGAGAAACAAAAUCUUCCUCAGCAUGCAUGAAACCGGAUAGGGAAGAAGGGGAAGAAAUUACUCCAUAGAGCAGAAAAAAAACAGGUCACCCCUUGACAAGCGGGAUGGGAGGCGCCGUACUCGUUAUGUCUUGAAUGUUGUAGAUAGGCCCAUUCAUUUUCCCUUUGUCAAUACAAUACAAAAUUAUCUAUCACAUUACAUAUCGCAUAUUCUAAAGUACAAGUUCGCAGGAUAUAUGAAUGUAGUUUCUCUAAUCUGAAAUCUAGCGAGUAAGCAUCAAAUAAAUAACAUUUCAUAGGGUAUGUA